AUUGGAAUUUGCUGGCGUAGAUUGCAAUUAAACACAGAUAAAUCACUUGCUUGAUUGAUCAACUCGAUCAAAUAGCAAGCUAUAAGGUAAUGACAGCUCUGUUACAUUCCUGAGCAAUUUUUCACCCCAACCAUCCACAAGAAAAGAGUGAAAAUGCAUCAAUCAUAUGCAAACUUGAAAAUGGGCCCCUCGCCAACAACCAGCUUUUGAUGCUCUUGAGCAAUUGAAGUGGUUUUGUCAAGAAGCAAAAAUCCAAUACUGGUUACCUGGACCUGUUUAACAAAUGAAACAAAUGCAAUCUUGUUUGAUGGUUUCUUUCUCAUGAGGAGGAUGAGCUAGCUUCCAGAGAUAGCUCAAGGUUAGCUCAAUAGAGAAAACCAGUUCCCCGCUACGUGUGGAAAACUUCAACAGGCUUUUGGUCCUAUGUGCAACAGAGACAUAAAUUCUUCCUUCAGCAUUGAACCAGCUAUUCUUCUGAUUUUUUUUUUUUUUAAAUAAACAACCAUAUAUGGACUUCCUUCUUUUCUUAGUUGCAAAUACAUUGUUGGUCUGAACUCUGAAAUGGGAAUAUAUUUUCUCUUAUUCAAAGCUUUUGACUGUAUGGAAGGCAACAUAUGACCUCGUCUGGUCUUUGAGGCUUGGGAGUCCAGAAUGACUGCUGAAAUUCAAUUUCACAUAAGGCAGGAGUUUUGAAGCUGUGAGCUCCUGCAUUCAGUGAUUCAGAGUUCAGUUUCAUAUACAAAGGGGCUUCCAUUACAUUUACAGUUCCAGAAGAAGGAAAACUAUGGCAUCAAGAACAAGAAAGCCUCUCCACAACCUUGCUGAAACAAUUCAUUCCCUGCUAGGACAAAAGUCGCAUCUUACUACCAGUUGGGUUAAAUCUGUUUGUCAUAUAAUAAUAAACCUACCUUCUGAAGAGCAAUCAACCGACUUAAGAACCACAAAUAUAGACACAGUGAGUGCUUCAGAGAAUCCUGAUGAUGAAUUAGGCAAUCGUACCUCAAAGAUUACAGAUGAACUUGCUAUCUUGACUGCCCGGAUAAAUGAAUUGAACAGACAGCGAAAGCAGUUUCUAAAUGAAUUUCUGGAUUUGAAAGGUAAUAUUCGAGUAUUUUGUCGUAUAAGACCCAUUGAAAUGGGGGAGAACUUUGGCCGUUUUAGGCCUGUUGUAGCUUUGGAUUCAAGUAAUGUUCUUCUAAGAUUUUCGGAUAAUAAGAAUAAAAGUUACAGUUUUGACAAGGUUUUCCACCAUGGCUCAUCGCAAGAUGAAGUCUUUUCAGAAGUUGAACCAGUUAUCAAAUCAGCACUGGAUGGCUAUAACGCUUGCAUCUUUGCAUAUGGACAGACAGGGACAGGGAAAACCUUCACCAUGGAAGGAAUUCCAGAAGAUCCUGGAAUGGUGCCCCGUGCAAUUGAAGCACUGUUUAAGCAAGCCACGGAUAGCAACCAUGUGUAUCUCUUUAGUUUCAGUAUGCUUGAGAUUUACAUGGGAAAUCUGAGAGACCUGCUAAUCUCUCAACCAACAAAGCCAAUGGAUCCAAUGCCAUGCCUCUCAAUCCACACAGAUCCAAAGGGUGAGAUUGAAAUUGAAAACCUUGUGGCUAUUCGAGUGAGUGGCUUGACCCAAGCUAUAAAACUAUACAGACUAGGGUGCCGGUUCAGGUCAACUGCAUCGACAAACUGUAACAUUACCUCCAGCAGAUCCCACUGCUUGAUUCGCAUAUCAAUCACAUGUAGCGGAGCACCUGAGAGGCGAAGGGAAACAAAUAAAGUUUGGUUUGUCGAUCUAGGGGGAAGUGAGCGUUUGCUGAAGACAAAGGCAUCCGGGAGAAGACUAGAAGAAGGAAAAGCCAUUAACUUGUCCCUUUCCUCUCUGGGAGAUGUCAUCAAUGCCCUUCAACUCAGAAAGGGUCAUGUACCUUAUAGGAACAGCAAGCUGACACAAGUUCUUAAAGACUCCCUUGGAAGGGACUCAAAAACUCUGAUGCUUGUCCAUGUAAGUCCUAAAGAAGAAGAUCUCUGUGAAACAGUAUGUUCUUUGAACUUUGCAACAAGAGCGAGAACUAUCCAUCUGGGGAAUACAGACUCGACUGAACAAAGGGAGAAGGAAGUUGCAAUGAUGAAUCUGCAAGAAAUGAUGAACAAGAUUGAAGUUGAGCGCCAGGAUGUUAGGAUGAGAAUCAAGCAGUCAACUCAGGAACUUCAAAUUCUAAGGAGUACAGCUGCCUGUUCCACUGAGCAACUGGAUAACUCAGUGGAUGCUUACCAGUUAAUGAAUGAAGUGCCCCAACCUAAUCUUGAAAGAAACAGGAACAAUACUGCAUAUAUCUCAGCACCUCCCUUAUCCCAGGUACCAAGGUUUAUGAGACCUACUGUUUGCAGCAGAAGAAAAUCUGGAUCAGACCACCUCCUAACUACUGAAGAGAAACUGGAAUUCCCUGCAAGAAGGAGAAGACCAUUCAAUCAUUAUGCUAAAUCCGUGAAUUUCCCUGUAAAAGGUAUUUCGGGAAACAAUUCAGAAGGCAGUAUUUCCAGAAAUAGCUGUUUAGUGCCUUUGACUGUGAACAAAAGUGCAGAUGUUGAGACAAAUUACAGUCAAGAUCUAUCAGAAUGUGAUAUUAAAGAGGUUGUUUCCCCAGACCAGGUAACAUCAUCAAAAUGCUUGAAUCAGCACAGGUAUCACGUCGUUCAUGGUGAGGGAAGUGAAAAUGGAGAUAAAAGUAAUGCUUGCUCUGGAAAACAUUUGAAGGUCGAUAAGUGGCUAUGCCAGAAGAAUGCGCCUGCUAGCAGGAGUCAUGUUUAUAGGAACAAACGAAUUCUAGCUAUUCCUACCCCAGAGAAGAAACUAAUGUGUAAAGGACAAAAAGAAACAGAAAAAUUCCAGGAUGAGAAAGUCAAUAAUUACAAGCUUGCUGUGGAACAGAUUGUCAACCACAACAAAUCGGGGAAACAUGUGGAUGUGGAGGAAAUGUUCAUGCAAGAAGUGAAUAUUAGCAAACCUCCCGCUAAUAUGAACGUCAAUGACAAUAUUGACCCAAAAUGUCACUCUGAUUCUUUAUCGGAUGGAAUAGUUAAAGAGACAAUGAUAAAUGUACAACACAAACUAGAUGACGAGCUGACAGAGAAACACAUGCUCAGCAGUAUCUAUCCACCUGAUAUUUGGUGCUGCAAUUUCAAUUCAACUCAAGAUGAUAAUGGAGUCAACUGUUUAUCCACAAUGCAGGCGGUAUAUGGUGAAACAGAAUGCUCAGACAGUUCCUUGUCUAACAGCAGCAAUUGGUGUCAAAUUUCUACCAUUGAUUUAGCUGAUAGUAUUUGGGACGCAAGACAAGAUUCUAAUAUCUCAAUUUCAAGAAUUGAACAAAAGUCAGGCUGCCAACGGUUGCCCAUUGUAAUAGGUGUGGAUGAUAGUGAAAAGGAAGACUUGGAAAAAUUAUCUCAGAGCUCUGGAGAAGGUACAUGCCUACAAAAAGUGAGAUCUCAAAGAGCUUUAUUAAUGAAAAAUGUAAUUCUAGAGGAACCAGUCAAGCCACAACAACUGACAAGAUCACAAGACAAUAAUGUGCACUUAGGAAUAUGCAAUCUUCUUCAACAGAAAAUUCAGAUAUUAUGGGCCGGUGCUCUUCUAGGAUUAGGAUUUCAAAACUUGGGACUUGAGCAGGAAUUCUUCCUUGGUUUAAUGCUCUAAAGCAGUUUCUGUAUCCAGAUUGUUCAGACCUGCUUCGAUUAUUUCUCUGAUACCGUUUUUAGGGUUUUAGUACGUAGUAGAGGACAAAGAGAGGUGAAAUAGAGAGAUGGAAAGAAACGUUGAACAGUAUGGGGGCUUAUCAUGGUACAUACAGAUAUGUAUAUAUAUACACAGAAAGCCACUGAAUCCAGCACAGUGAAGCGCGCUUCAACCUGCCAUCAUAACCCUCUUCUUAUUACUCAGCAUAUAUAGUAGAUCCAGUUUAAGAUGCCCUUAUUUUCUGCUACGAUUUGUUGAUGGCUAGCAAAAUUCAUUCAUAUAGUGCUUGCGUAGCGCGAGUGAGUGUGUACAUGCAUGCUUGCGUAUUGUGGGUCUGUCUAUUUUAUCAGCAGCUCAAGAAACAGAAGUCAGAAACUUGGAAAUACAAUACCUCCUGGGCGAUGAAAAGGCUGGUACAGAUAAGCUGGUGCAGCGAACCUCCUCCUCCGACAACCAACAUCCCAAGUAAGCUCAGAUUCUGAACGUGGUUCGAACACGGAUUGAAUUAGUAUCAAUGACAUUGUGGCCAGUGGCUAUUCAUCGAAUUCAAGCAGCUCCCCAC